AACGUUUAUGCCAACCGAAGAAGGAAGAGGAGGAGGAGGAGGUAGAAGAGAACGUGAACAAGAUGGUUGAAUAGCGAUGGAUUUCCCAGACUGUGAGCCUAAAAAUACUUACUGAGCUCUUGAGAGGAUCGAAUGAAUGAAUGACGAGGAGUCUGCCUCCGGCGGUUUAUUGACUGUGGACCAUGAAUUUUGAUGAUCGAAGCAUAACACCAAAACGUGAAGAUUGUGUUUACACAAGUUGUUACUGUGAGGAAAAUGUUUGGAAAUUGUGUGACUUCAUAAAGACUGAAGGAACUGCUCCAUUGGAUCAACUUUUUGUGGUGUUCAUCUCCAAUGACAAGAAAGCGGUACCACUUUGGAAGCAGAAGACAGGCUGUGGAGAUGAACCAGUAAUCUGGGACUAUCAUGUGGUGCUUCUGCAUGCCAGCACAGAGCGUGAGCCCCUGAUUUAUGAUCUGGACUCUGUAAUGCCCUUUCCUUGUACCCUUGAGCAAUAUGCCACCAAAGCCCUGCGGUCGGACCAUGAAAUUAAACCUCAGUUCCACAGGAUGUUACGUGUUGUACCUUCUGCCUGCUACUUGAAGCACUUCGCCUCUGAUCGAUCACACAUGAAGGAUGCUUUUGGACAAUGGAAGAUGCCCCCGCCACAUUAUCCUGCAAUCAGUAACACAGCAUGUCAAAUGAAUCUGAAUGAGUUCAUCAGUAUGGAUGCACAUGUGGGCUGGGGAAGGAUUUUCACACUGGACAACUUUCUGCUGAGCUUCAUGGGAGAAAUGCCGACUGAAAAUAGACGUGUUGCCAUCUGAAGCAAGGAAAAAUUCUAUCUGACAGUUGUCACUUUGUUAAAGCCCCUCCAGCAUGCAUUGGCAACUUUUCUGGCUGAUGUAUGUUGUGAUAGGAAGAUUCUUUUGUUUCCACUUAUGUCGUGUGUAAAAAAAAUGGAAAAUGUAAAAAUUGAAAUUACUAAACAACUAAAUGCUGGGCUGUACACCAUGCUACAUGCGCCAACAUAAAAUCAAAUAAAUAGACUGGGUACCAACUACAUUUAA